ACAAAACAUCACAAGUGCCAGAAACACAAGUCUUGAAGCUCUGUCGGUCAGGAAAUAUGGCAAGCGCCUCUCCUGAACAGAAUCAAAAUCACUGCUCAGCCGUAAACCACAGCAACCCGCUGAUGCAGGGCAACCUUCCCACCCUGACCUUAUCUGGAAAGAUCCGAGUGACAGUUACUUUCUUCCUUUUUCUACUCUCUACAACUUUUAAUGCUUCUUUCUUGUUGAAACUUCAGAAGUGGACUCAAAAGAAAGAGAAAGGGAGAAAGCUUUCGAGAAUGAAGGUGCUUUUAAAACAUCUGACCUUAGCCAACCUGGUGGAGACUCUGAUUGUCAUGCCACUGGAUGGAAUGUGGAACAUUACAGUCCAAUGGCAUGCUGGGGAGUUCCUCUGCAAAGUCCUCAGCUACCUGAAGCUUUUCUCCAUGUAUGCCCCAGCCUUCAUGAUGGUAGUGAUCAGCCUGGACCGCUCCCUGGCCAUCACGAGGCCUCUAGCUAUGAAAAGCAAUGGCAAGCUUGGGCAGUCCAUGAUUGGCUUGGCCUGGCUCCUCAGUGGUAUCUUUGCUGGACCACAGUUAUAUAUCUUCAGGAUGAUCCACUUAGCAGACAGCUCUGGACAGACAGAAGGUUUCUCUCAAUGUGUAACACACUGCAGUUUUCCACGAUGGUGGCAUCAAGCCUUUUAUAACUUCUUCACCUUCAGCUGCCUCUUCAUCAUCCCUCUUCUCAUCACGUUAAUCUGCAAUGCAAAAAUCAUCUUCACCCUGACACAGGUCCUUCAUCAGGAUCCCCACAAGUUACAACUGAAUCAAUCCAAGAAUAAUAUACCAAGAGCUCGGCUGAGGACCCUAAAGAUGACAGUUGCAUUUGCCACCUCAUUUACUAUCUGCUGGACCCCCUACUAUGUCCUAGGAAUUUGGUACUGGUUUGAUCCUGAAAUGUUAAAUAGGGUGUCAGAUCCAGUAAAUCACUUCUUCUUUCUUUUUGCUCUUUUAAAUCCAUGCUUUGAUCCCCUUAUAUAUGGAUAUUUCUCUCUGUAAUUGAUAGACUAUGUAGAAAGUCAUACAAAGAACAGCAAGGUAGUGAAUUUCAUCAAAUGGGAAUAAGAAACACAAAGGUGGCAGCACAGUUACAUACAAACAAAACAGAGUUUAAGUUUAUAUUGACAUCCUUCUUUUUAAAAUCACAUUGUCAGAAACUCAAUU